AUGAAUUACAAUAAUAAUUAUUUGGAUUAUAAUAUUCACGAUAGAAGAAAAGUAAAUAAUGCUAAUCAAAAAGAAAAUGGCCAAUGGGAAAAUAUUAGUUAUAUUAAAAAUAAUCAGAUAAAUGCAGUAAAUAAAACGAACAUAAAUAUGUCUAAUGAAAACUACAUGAAAGGCUAUAUUAAUAAUAACAAUAAUAUUUAUACAAAUGUAAAAAAUAAUAAUAUGAAUUUAGGUAAUUAUAAUUUAAAAUCAGAAAAUAAUUUUGUUAAUUUUAAUAGCUUUGAUCAUAAGGAUAAAAAUAGUAUUAACACACCAUCUCAUUAUGUGAGCUCACAUCCAAUUUUGGGAAAUAAAAGAAAAAAAGAAAUUUAUAAUAAUUUUUCUAAUAAUUUAAAUCCUAAUAUUGAAAUGAACAAUGAAAAAUUUAAUUAUAUAAAUAAUACAAAUAAUGUAAUUAAUGAUAAUAAUUUAGUGAUGAAUGGAAGAAAUAUAAUCAAUGAUAAUUAUAAACAUCAAUUAAAUGAUAAUAAUUUUGGAUUUAAUAAAAGUACAUAUAAUAAAUUAGAUAGAAUAAAUGAAAAACAUUAUACCAAUGUAAUAUUAAAUAAUGAAUUAAGGGAAAAUACUUUUGAAGAAAAUAAUAUGCAAUUUGCGAAUAAUUUAAAUCAAAAAAGUGAUUUGAAUAAGUUAUAUAAUUUUUCACAGCCUUUUAAAAAUGAUGAUAUGACAAAUAGUAGCUAUUUUAAUAAAAGUAGUAAUAAAGAAGGAGAACAUAAAGGAAUAGUGCACAACAUUUUUGAAACCUUAACAAAUAAUGUAGAAAACAAAAAUGAAAUAAAUAAUUUAGUAAAACAGAAAGUUGCUAAUAUGGUUAUAAAUGAAAUAGAAAAAAAAAUUGAAAUAAAUGAUUCUAGUUUUUUAUGUAAUAAAUUAUCAUUAUUACGUCAGUAUUUUGAUGUAACACAUGCUUAUGUAGUUAAUAAAAUAUUAUUUAUACUUAUUCCAUAUAUAUAUAUACGCAAAGCUAUAUGUGAAUCAAGAACAUAUUAUGUAUAUGCUCACUUAAAAAAAAAAAUGGAGUUAACUCAAAAAGAUAAGCAUUUUAACUCAGCAUUUGCUUUAAAUGAAUAUAAUAAUGAAUUAAAACUAAAAAAUCAAGAUCAAAAGAAUAAAGAAAAAGAAAAUGAAUUAAAUUCCGAAAAUAAAAAAUUUUUUUUUAAUAAGAAAAUGAAUAAUGUGAAUUUAGUUAGGAAUAAUUCUAAUGAUAUUAAUUAUGUAGAUUAUAGUAAUAUUGGGAUAUUUAAAGCAGAUUUAUAUAUUCCUUUAAUGUCAAUAAUCACAUAUAUCUUAUUGUAUACCCUAACUUUAACAGCUAAAAAAAAUAACUUUAUAUUUAAACCUGAUAAUUUAUUUAAUAUUUCUUCAUACGUAUUUGUAUUAAUAUUAUUGGAGACAACUAUAAUAAAAUUUCUCUUUCUUUUAGUAUGCCGUGAUAUCAACUUAUCCUUUUUACACAUAUUAUCCUUUAUUUCUUAUAAAUUUGUUAUUAUGUGUGCUUUAAUUAUCACAAAAAUAUUUUUUUAUUUUACUUAUUUUAUGUAUACAUCUAUUGUUGGUAUAGACAAUGAAAGUACCAACACAAUACAAUCAAACAAAACAUUAUUACCUAAUAAUUCUCAUAAUGUAUUUAAAAAUUUAAAUAAUAAUUUUACUUUUAAUUUUAGCUUAUAUAAUAUUAUUUUACUCUUGAACAAUAGUGCGACAUAUAGAUUUACUCAAUUUUAUUUUUAUAUAACGGUAAGUAUACAAAUGAUACAAAUUUUUAAAUCUAUUCAUUUAUAUAUUCAUGAUAAUUCUAAUUUAUUGAAUAAUUAUAAUAUUAAGAGAAUAAAUAUUUUAAUUCUUAUUUUCUCAUUUUCUCAAAUUUUUUUUUGUUGGAUACUUACACCUUCUUUUACUUAA